CAAGACAACCGACAAAAAAAACGAAAAUCCAAUCGAACAUGUUCGCUCCGAUCUCCUCCUCCAGGGGGUGACAACACCCCCAAAAAAGGAAAAAAAAAAAAAAGGGAAACACGACACGGUUUUAGCGACGAGGAAGAGGAAGAGGAAGAGGAAGAGGAAGCUCAACGGCCCCUUUUAGUCUUUCUUCUUUUUUGGCACAAAAACAAGAAAGGAGGAAGCACAGACGGAAAGACAUUCUUCAAUCUCCGAUCCAUCAGGCAGCUCACACCACGCGCUUUCUUCUCUCCCCCCCUUCCCCAAAUUACCUUAGCUUUUGCACCCGCAGAGCAAGGAAGCUCUGGAACUGGACAGAAGAGUUUCAACAAUUCCAAGCGAGCAAAGAUGUUCAAAAAGAACAGCGAGAGCGGCACAACCAGAUUCCAUGGAGUCUAUCUUCAUCGGCUGCUAUUAAUGGCCCUCUUGCUUUCGCUCUGCCCCAGCUCCUGUUCCUCUCUUUCUCUCAACACCCAAGGGGUGGCCCUGCUCAGGUUUCGUGACAGAGUUUCAAAGGAUCCGUUCGGGGCUUUAUCGAACUGGAAGUGGAAUGCUCAAGGUGACGGAGGUGGAGGUAUUAUUGAUCCCUGUUCGUGGUUCGGCAUCGAGUGCUCCCAUGGAAGGGUAGUCAUCCUGAACUUGAGAGAUCUCCAUCUUCAAGGAACACUUGGACCCGAACUCGGGAAGCUGACCUAUCUGAGAUCUAUCAAUCUUAGGAAUAACUCUUUCUCGGGAUGUAUACCAAAGGAGAUUGCCGGUCUGAAGGAGCUCGAAAUCUUAGAUGUAGGCUACAAUAACUUCAGCGGACCAUUCCCUUUGGAGAUCAUGAACAACCUUUCGCUCACGACCCUGCUACUUGACAGCAAUGAGUUCCUCAAAACUGCUUCCCCCCGAACGUACGAGUUUAAUGCAUCUUGGAAUAGCGCCCGACAUGGGAGUUGGAGUUAUAGGAGGCUGCUUCAGCAGCAGGUAGAGGCUCCUACUCCAUCGAUAAGCAAUGAACACAGACACAAGAAGCGGACUUCCGAAACGUCGUCGUCUUCACCAUCUCAUGCUCCUUCGUCGUCUGCUACUUCUAUAUCGCCAUCACUAUCCCCAUCUCAAUUGAUCUUGCCUUCCAUAUCCCUACCACCCGAAUCUUCAGUUUCCCCAUCACCUUUCCCACUAUCAGAAUCUCAGUCACCCUCUCCCUCACCUGUUGUAGCACCUGGUCCCACCUUGAAGGUAAACUCGCAUGCCAAACCGCCUGUUUCAGGAUCGUCUCCACCUCGGGGGGCUGAGCUGGUUCCAUCUCCCCACCUUGUUUCAACUCCCAAAACAAAUCUUACUACUAAUAGCAAUUCCAAGCAAAAGCAUCGGGUGCUGAUAAUCUGUGCCGGAGUAAUAGGAGGAUUGUUGAUUGUUUUAGUUUCAGCUGUUGGAUUUGUUUACUUCCGAGACAGUAAGGUUGUUACCGUCAAGCCUUGGGCCACGGGGCUGAGCGGGCAACUGCAGAAAGCCUUCAUAACAGGAUCAAAAUUUGGGUCACGUAACCUCCAACGUAGGAAAUAUGGACCGGAACUCGAACUCCCACCCUCCUUUACUGUGUGGCACAUAUACAGAACAAACUACAUCUUCCAGUCCUUCCAUUCAGGUGUGCCAAAGCUGAAUCGGUCAGAAUUGGAAGCAGCUUGCGAGGAUUUCAGUAACAUAAUUGGGAAUUUAUCGGAUGGGACAGUCUACAAGGGGACCUUAUCAAGCGGGGUUGAAAUAGCCGUGACUUCAAUUGCGGUGGCAUCUCCCCAGGACUGGUCCAAGAACUUAGAGACCCAAUACCGAAACAAAAUUGAUACGCUGUCAAAACUGAACCACAAGAACUUCGUGAACCUCAUUGGGUACUGCGAGGAAGAGAAGCCGUUUACGAGAAUGAUGGUUUUUGAGUACGCCCCCAAUGGAACACUCUUCGAGCAUCUCCACAUUAAAGAGUCGGAACAGUUGGACUGGCAAAUGAGACUGAGGAUCGCAAUGGGGAUGGCUUAUUGCCUCGAGUACAUGCAUCAAUUGAGUCCUCCUAUAGCUCACCGGAACCUCAACUCGUCCUCUAUAUACUUAACAGAAGAUUAUGCAGCAAAAAUAUCGGAUUUUAGUUUCUGGAACGAUUUGAUCGCAGCAAAGAUCGGAAUUGGGUCCCAUGCCAUGGAGCUACUGGAAGCUCCAUCAGUCGAUCCCGAAAGCAAUGUUUACAGCUUCGGUCUCAUAUUAUUCGAGAUGAUAACAGGGAGGAUUCCGUACUCGAUGGAUUAUGGAUUCGUGAUGAGUUGUCUGUCAAACUACUUGAAAGGACGCCAGCCCUCCAAGAAGAUUGUGGACCCGACUUUGAGUUCCUACCAAGAAGAUGCGGUCCACAAACUAUUUGAGGUGAUAAAAGAGUGUAUAGAUCCUGAACCAAAGAAGAGGCCGAAGAUGAGAGAGAUCACAGAGAGGUUGAAGGAGAUAACAGCGAUGGAACCCGAAGGAGCGACACCGAAACUGUCUCCGCUCUGGUGGGCAGAGCUCGAGAUUAUGUCCACGGGAUCGAGUCAUGAAUAGGAAGGAUAUCAAAGUUUGAGUCUCAAGUAUAGGUUCUGCAGCUUGCAUAUUUCUUGUCAAAUCAUUUCUUUGUAUUUGCUUUCUGUUCAUUUUUUGGGUGAUUUUGGACUUGGUGGAAGCAGCAGCUCCGUGCGGGGUCAGAUGCCGCUGCUAUAUCUAACUUGAUGUAGAGAAUUGAACUGCCUGAAUAGUUGUAGAUAUUGGAGGAAGGCGAACUCCUGCCUGUGGCUUUACUGCGACUUGCUGAUUUGUUGCAAAUACUUGCUUGUGAACACACUUACAGAAAUAAUAAAUUCAUAUUCUUCACCGUUUUUUAUGCGA